AGACAGACACGGGACAGAAGGAGGACACGAUUAAACACCUGAACUUUUCAACACGGUAGAAAGAGAUGAAAAGUGAAGCAGAAGAAUUAUCCUGACCACAAACAGGCUGCAGACAUGGAUUUAUUUAAACAGCAGAGAGUGGAGGAUUUCUAUGAGAUUGGUGAAGAGUUGGGAAGCGGGCAGUUUGCCAUCGUCAAGCAAUGCAGAGAGAAAAGCUCCGGCCUGGACUUCGCUGCCAAGUUCAUCAAGAAGCGUCAGAGCAUGGCCAGCUCUCGAGGCGUGAGGCGGGAGGAGAUAGAGCGGGAGGUGGACAUCCUGCAGCAGAUUCAGCACCCCAACAUCGUCACGCUGCACGACGUCUACGAGAACCGCACCGAUGUGGUGCUGAUCCUGGAGCUGGUCUCUGGAGGUGAACUGUUUGACUUCCUGGCACAGAAGGAGUCUCUGAGUGAGGAAGAGGCCACUCAGUUCAUCAAGCAAAUCCUGGAGGGGGUGAACUACCUCCACGCCAGGAAAAUAGCCCACUUUGAUCUCAAGCCUGAAAACAUAAUGCUGCUGGACAAGAACGUGCCUUUACCGAGAAUCAAGCUCAUCGAUUUCGGUCUCGCCCACAAGAUUGAAGCUGGGGUUGAGUUCAAAAACAUCUUUGGAACGCCCGAGUUUGUAGCGCCGGAGAUCGUGAACUACGAGCCUCUGGGAUUAGAAGCGGACAUGUGGAGCAUUGGGGUCAUCACCUACAUCCUGCUGAGUGGCGCUUCACCUUUCCUGGGGGAGACCAAACAGGACACGCUGAGGAACAUUUCAGCCAUAAAUUAUGAGUUUGACGAUGAGUUCUUCUGUCACACCAGUGAGCUGGCCAAGAAGUUCAUCAGCCAGCUGUUGGAGAAGGAUAAGAAGAAAAGAUUAACAAUUCAGGAUGCUCUCAAUCACCCAUGGAUCAAGUCCAAUGAGCACAAGGAGGAAAAUAAAGCCCAGGAGCCGAAGAAACGGGAGCGGCGCCAGCUCAAGACCAAGCGCCUGAGGGAGUACACUAUCAAGUCCCACUCUAGCAUGCCACCCAACAACACCUACGUGAACUUUGAGCGCUUUGCCCAGGUGGUGGAGGACAUUGACCAGAUGGAGAGCUCCUUCGUUAGCCUGGCAGCAGCCCGUGACUCUCUGCAAGAGGAUAUCGAUGCCAUGGUCUCUAUUUACAAUGAAAAGGAGGCCUGGUACAAGGAGGAGAGCGAAGGUGUGCGUCACGACCUCUCACAAAUCCGCUACGAGUUCCGUAAGGUGGAGGCCUUCAAGAGGAGCCUGCAGGACGACAUGCAGGCUUUCAGCUCCAGCCUCGGCGCCAUCAGCAGCCGCUUCCAGGAGAGGCAGAACCACUUCGAUGCGCUGCGCCUGGAGCUUAGCAAUGAGCUGAAGUGGGUGCAGGAGGUGAUGGGCUCGUUUCCCGUGGACGGAGGUGGUGGAGGAUACCCCAACUGCAGCUUCUCCACCGUCUUCAACAACGACGUGAAUGAAGCCCUGAAAGAGCUGCUGAGCCGCUCCUGUGGAGGAGAGCUGCUGUCCGGGAUCAACCUGGACUUUGAAACUGGACAGCAAAGAUAAAAGCUUAGUACUUCACGGUUAUUUGAAAGCCAUUAAAAAUCCCAACAGUGACCAGCAGAGAUCCAACAUCGCAAGAAGCUCCGACAGGAAGGACUGAGUCUGGUCAAACAGUACAUAUACUGUCUUUGUAUCGGGGCUGUAGAUUCACACCAGAGAAAUAUUUACAGUAGUUUUACAUAAAAACAGCAUUUUCAUGCUGAAAAUAAUAAUUUGAACUAAAAGCCAUGUCCUCACAUGCAGUAAUGUUCAGCAAUUCAGUAUCAUUUUUAGUCAGAAAUGUCCAUCUGCUGUGUUUUGUGUG